UGAUAAAAUGUCAAUAGAUAUAAAUGAACAACAGAAUUCAUCUUCAUCAACAACAAGUGCUAUGUUAUUAGCUGCUGCAGCAGCAGCUGCUAGUCAAUACUGCCCACAAAAUCCAAUGGAUCUUUCAUCACCACCAUCAUCACAUAAUCAUCAUCAUCAUUCAACAAAUUCAUCAACGACAACGACCACGACGUCAAUUGGUCAAUUAUCACCACAACGACGACAAUUAUCAAUAAGACAAUCAGUGAUUAAAAAUGGUAAUAUACAGAAUAAUCGAAAAUUAACUAAACAACAAGAAUCCAGUCAGUCAAUGAACUUUUCAUCAUCAUCAUCAUCAUCAUCGCCAUCAUCAUCAUCAAUAUCAACGUCUCAUCGGAUUUCCGAUUCUAAAUCACGUGAUUCGCCUCAUAGUUAUUAUUCUCAGAUUGGUGCAAAUAAUAAUAAUAAUAAUAAUCAGAAUUCAUUGAAUUCAUCGUAUCAUCAACAACAACAAACAUCAAGUAAUAAUAUGAUGUCACCGAUACCUACACCUUCACCACCAAAUGAUGGAAAUAUUUCUUCCCUGGAUUAUUUGGGACGUUCUAAUCAUCUUGGUGGUAGUAGUAGUGGUGGUGGUGGUGGUGGUGGUCAUCCCCAUCAAACAUCAUCACCACAUCAUCCACGUACUUCAUUGAUAAAUCCACGGUCCGCUGGUGGUUCAUCAACAUGUUCUUCGAAUGCAUCGGACCUUAAUUCAUCUGGAACUUUGAUGGCCGUUACUGGUAAUCAUUCCUUAACACGUGAAGCAAUGCGUCGUUAUAUUCGUGAAAAAAAUGAUCUGAAAAUUAUCAUUUUACAUGCAAAAGUUGCACAAAAAUCUUAUGGUAAUGAGAAACGAUUCUUUUGUCCACCGCCUUGUAUCUAUCUGGAAGGUGAUGGUUGGCGUAAACGUCAAGAACAGAUGAUACGUGAAGGUCGUACUGAACAAGAAGCCAGUCUUUGUGCUUAUAUUGGUAUUGGAAAUUCUGAUCAAGAUAUGCAACCAUUAGAUUUCAAUGGAAAGAGCUUUUGUGCGGCAAAAACAUUAUACAUUUCUGAUUCGGAUAAACGUAAACAUUUUAUGUUAUCAGUGAAAAUGUUCUAUGGAAAUGGUGAAGAUAUUGGAUUGUUUCAUUCACGUCGUAUUAAAGUGAUCUCGAAACCAUCGAAAAAGAAACAGUCAUUGAAAAAUUCCGAUCUCUGUAUCGCUAGCGGAACAAAAGUAGCAUUAUUUAAUCGUUUACGAUCACAAACGGUCAGUACAAGAUAUUUACAUGUAGAAAAUGGCCAUUUUCAUGCUAGUUCAACACAAUGGGGCUAUUUUACUAUUCAUCUUGUCGAUGAUAAUGAAGAAGAAUCAGAAGAAUUUACUGUACGUGAUGGUUAUAUUCAUUAUGGUGCUACAGUGAAAUUAGUAUGUUCAGUAACCGGAAUGGCAUUGCCUCGUUUGAUAAUACGUAAAGUGGAUAAACAAACGGCAAUGUUAGAUGCUGAUGAUCCAGUAUCACAAUUGCAUAAAUGUGCAUUUUAUCUAAAAGAUACAGAAAGAAUGUAUUUAUGCCUUUCACAGGAACGUAUUAUACAAUUUCAGGCAACACCAUGUCCAAAAGAUUCGAAUAAAGAAAUGAUCAAUGAUGGUGCAUCAUGGACAAUCAUAUCGACUGAUAAAGCUGAAUAUACAUUCUAUGAAGGAAUGGGUACAAUACAUCGUACAGUUACGCCUGUACCAAUUGUACAUAGUCUCAAUGUAAAUGGUGGUGGUGAUGUAGCAAUGCUUGAAUUAAGUGGUGAAAAUCUAAGUCCAUCAUUGAAAGUUUGGUUUGGUGAUGUUGAAGCUGAAACCAUGUAUCGUUGUGCGGAAAGUAUGCUUUGUGUAGUACCAGAUAUUUCACAAUUUCGUGAAGGAUGGCAAUAUGUACGACAACCAACACAGGUACAAGUGUCAUUAGUACGUGAUGAUGGUGUGAUCUAUGCAACCGGAUUAACAUUCACAUAUACACCGGAACCUGGUCCAAGGCCUCAUAAUCCAGCUAUUGAUAGAAUUUUAAGGCCAAAUGCACAUCCACCACCACAAUGGCCAGUCAUUUGAAAACACACAAUUAUCCUAAUAAAAAAAAAGUCCAAAUGCUUUCAAAACUUUGAUAAUUGUCAUAACACACACACACACACACA